CGUCUUUCCUCCUCCCUCGCCAUCUAUAAAUUCCCCUUCUUUCCUUCCCCAUUUUCCACAAACACGCAUCCUCUUCAAAACCCCAUUCCAAAUUCAUCAUCAAAACAUGUCUGGAUUCAUUGAGAAAAUCGGCGAGAAGCUCCACAUUGGAGGCGAUCACAAGGGAGAGCACCACGACGCUCACAAGGGCGAGCACAAGGGUGAGCAUCACGAUGAACACAAGAAGCACGAGGAGCACCAUGGAGAAGGGGCGCACAAGGAAGGGAUAAUGGACAAGAUCAAGGAUAAGAUCCAUGGGGGUGAUCAUCAUGAGGAGAAAGGGGAGAAGAAGAAGAAGGAGAAGAAGAAGAAGGGUGAGCACGGCCACAAACACGAAGGUGGAGAUAGCAGCAGCGAUAGCGAUAGCGAUUGAUGGGUCAGAUCUCGGAAUCAUUAUUAAGAGGUAGAUUGUGUUCCGAUCGCGUGCUGGUGUGUUCAAGAAUAAUCUCACUCCCUUUUGGUUUAAUUAAUCAUCCCUCUGUUUCCGAUCUCUGUUUCUCUAUCUUUGUUUCUUUUUGUUUUUAAUCUAAGACUACGUUAUGUACUGUAUGUGUGAUGUAUAAUAAAGAUUAAGAGAUUUUAUAUGAUCUUUACUAAUGUUCAUAA